UUUCUAGAAGAGUGCCACUGCCGGCAGGAGCAAAGGGUCACCUCGCCUGCACUCUGGGCUUGGUAGCCCACGACCUAGGGCGGGCUCCCGGUUCAAGCUUUCCCCGCUGCCUCGCCGACGGCCUCCGCCCUUCAGGCCCAAUUUUUCUGCACGUCCCUGGGUGGAGGUGCGCCCUGGCCUCGCAGCAGCCUCCGGGCCACCCCAGGUCAGCUUCCCGACCGGCGCAGGCUGCCCUCCCAGCGCGUCCCGGGUCAGCAAUCAGCAGGCGUCCCCUCCGCCCGGCCCGGCCAGCCCAGCUCAGGAGGGACGAAGGCAAGGACGACACUCCCCGGCCACCAUUCAUUUCCCCACUGGUCUCCUCAGCUCUGCAGAUUGAAGUGAGUGAAUUCAGAUAUAAUUCAAGCUUGUUAGAGCGCUUUAAAAAAAUACAAAGUUGAUUCGUUGCAUGAGAGCAAGUUAACUACUGCUGCUUACCCGUGAGAGACUUACAGGUGCUUGCCUGAAUUGCAAUAAAGGACUCAUAUAUUGAGCAAGACUUAUUUAUCUCUUCAUUUUGGAGAGCCUCAUAAACUGUUAUUACAGUUUCUCUACUGACUUUGAAAAGUUUGAAAGAGACACCUGUGCAGCUAAGAAAGCAUGAGCACGGCCAGGACAGAGAACCCUGUUAUCAUGGGUCUGUCCAGUCAGAACGGCCAGCUGAGGGGCCCCGUGAAGGCCAGUGCCGGCCCUGGAGGAGGGGGCCCACAGACACAGACACAGAUGAACCAGUUGAAGAACACCAGCACAAUCAAUAAUGGCACUCAGCAGCAAGCACAGAGCAUGGCCGCCACCAUUAAACCUGGUGAUGACUGGAAAAAGACUUUAAAACUCCCUCCAAAGGAUCUAAGAAUUAAAACUUCGGAUGUGACCUCCACAAAAGGAAAUGAGUUUGAAGAUUACUGUUUGAAACGAGAGUUGCUAAUGGGAAUUUUUGAAAUGGGCUGGGAAAAACCAUCUCCUAUUCAGGAGGAGAGCAUUCCCAUUGCUUUAUCUGGUAGGGAUAUCUUAGCUAGAGCAAAAAAUGGAACAGGCAAAAGCGGUGCCUACCUCAUCCCCUUACUUGAACGGCUGGACCUGAAGAAGGACAAUAUUCAAGCAAUGGUGAUUGUUCCCACUAGAGAACUUGCUCUACAGGUCAGUCAAAUUUGCAUCCAGGUCAGCAAACACAUGGGAGGGGCCAAAGUGAUGGCGACCACUGGAGGAACCAAUUUACGGGAUGACAUAAUGAGGCUUGACGAUACAGUGCAUGUGGUGAUUGCUACCCCUGGCAGAAUCCUGGAUCUUAUCAAGAAAGGAGUAGCAAAGGUUGAUCAUGUCCAGAUGAUAGUAUUGGAUGAGGCAGAUAAGUUGUUGUCACAGGACUUUGUGCAGAUAAUGGAGGAUAUUAUUCUCACACUACCUAAAAAUAGGCAGAUUUUACUAUAUUCCGCUACUUUCCCUCUUAGUGUACAAAAGUUUAUGAAUUCCCAUCUGCAAAAACCCUACGAGAUAAACCUGAUGGAGGAGCUAACUCUGAAAGGGGUGACCCAGUACUACGCAUAUGUAACGGAGCGCCAAAAAGUGCACUGCCUCAAUACACUCUUCUCCAGGCUUCAGAUAAACCAGUCGAUCAUUUUCUGCAACUCUUCUCAGAGAGUUGAGUUACUGGCCAAGAAGAUUUCUCAGCUGGGUUACUCUUGCUUCUAUAUCCAUGCUAAAAUGAGGCAGGAACAUAGAAAUCGUGUCUUUCAUGAUUUCCGAAAUGGCUUAUGCCGCAAUCUUGUUUGCACUGAUCUGUUUACCCGAGGUAUUGAUAUACAAGCUGUGAAUGUGGUAAUAAACUUUGACUUCCCAAAGCUGGCAGAGACCUAUCUUCAUCGGAUUGGAAGGUCAGGUCGCUUUGGUCAUCUUGGCUUAGCCAUCAACUUGAUCACAUAUGAUGAUCGCUUCAACCUGAAGAGUAUUGAGGAGCAGCUGGGGACAGAGAUCAAACCCAUCCCAAGCAACAUUGACAAGAGCCUGUAUGUGGCAGAAUACCACAGUGAGCCUGCAGAAGAUGAGAAACCUUAACAAGCACGCUUUGACAAACUACAGAAGGCUCCUUGGAUCUGUGACGCAUCAUUUUUGGGGCGGGGGGUGCUCUUCUCCUUGUGGGUUUUUCAUCUUUAGUUUGGAACUAUGAAGAGUUAUAUAAGAGCUCAGACAUCUUUCUUUUUUUUAACUGGUGAAGAAAAACUGAAAAGAAGAAAUGGACCUUUUUUGUUCCCUUGUUUGCACUGUGUGCUGACUGACCGUUUCGUUGCACUAACUGCUGGUUUUUAAAAAUGUUUUCUGGGGAAAGGGGACAAGGAAGGAGGAAAAAGAAAGGGAGAAACCCUAAAAAGAGAAGAAUCUUGGUGGACACGCGCCUGUCUACAGUUCUCCGAUAGCCGACUCUACUGCAUUUCAACUUCUCCCUGGUUACUCAUCCGUUUUUAAGCCUGAAGAGCUUACUACUUAUUUGUGCAAAGUGCCUUACGCUACGAGACCAUUAAGAAUAUCAUCUUUUACCACAGCCCGAGGAAUCAACAAAGUCACGUUCUAUUUUCUUUUCUUUUUAUUUCUUUGCCUCUUCAUUUUGGUUUCAAGUUGAAGUCUUGCUUCCUGUUCUACCAGUACUCAUGCCCAGGGCCGGAAGGUGGACUAGUGAUGGUAGCGCCAUUUUCCUUUUCUUUAUAUGGAGGAGUUGAUUCACAACUGCAGUCCAUCCACACUGUAAAUACAUGUAUUUAAAAAAAAAAAACAAUACCAAGUAAAAUUUUCUUCUGGGCUGAG